AUGAAGAAGGAAGAGGAAGGGGAAGAAGAAGGAAGAAGAAAGAAAAGGGAAGAAGAGGAAAGAAGGAAGAGGAGGAGGAAGAAGAAGAAGGGGAAGAAUAAGAAGAAGGGGAAGAAGAGGAAGAAGGGAAAGAAGAGGAAGAAGGGGAAGAAGAGGAAGAGGAGGAAGAAGGGGAAGAAGAGGAAGAAGAGGAAGAAGGGGAAGAAGGGGAAGAAGAGGAAGAAGUGA